UCCCGUAGUCCCGUGGUCGUGUAGCGGCAGCGGUGUAGCCUCUUUCAGACAUCGCGAUCACGAACGUUCUGAAUCAAAACUCUGAUUUCCACUGUUACAAAAAUGUCGAACAGUAGUUUAUUUAUGAAAUCAGGGUUUCCACGAGCCCCUUUGAAUAACGGUAUAGGUCGAUACGUGUGUCAAUUGCAACGGAUUACUAUAAAGUUUUGUAAAAGUCAUGGAUCGAGUAAAGGAGUCAGAGAUUUUAUUGAAACUGAAUUAAUCAAUUACGCCAAAGAAAAUCCUGGAGUCGUUGUCUACAUAAAACCGAGAAGACACAGAUCACCAAUAAUCAAAGCAGAAUAUCUUAAUGGGAAAUACCACUGGCUGAGCGCUAGGAAUUUUGUCAAAGAAGACAUACUCAAGUGGAUGGAAUUAAUGCGCACACAGGAUGAUGACGGUUCUGAGCUGAGGCUCAGAAAAUUUUGGCACACAGAGUUUCCCUCUAUCCAGGGUCCAUGGACCCCGUUUACUUUCAAAGAUCCAGCUCAAAAUUUGGUGGAAUAUCCUAAUGAGGAACUCAGCGCUGUUAAAACAAAGGAGAAGUCUGCUACAGAUAGAUUGCUCGAAAUGUACAAGGCCCAGAAAGAGAGACAAGCAUUGCCUGUAAUAGAAACGAAGCAAAUAUCUAAUUGACGUGUUUCAUGUCACCAAUGAUUUUUGCAUUGUAUUAGUUUAUUGUUUAACAGAAGAAAUAAUCAUUUACAAACUA